GCCCGCAUGCGUACACGAUCCCCCGAUCGCGUUGUGUAACUGUGCUAAAUGGGAACUGGCAAUCAAUGUUAAAGAAACAAAGUUUUGAGGACAAAGAAGUGAACAUGGCGAUCCAGAGUGUUUCUAGAUAUCCUAGCAGUCCGGCUGAAGCGACGGAACCGCCUAAAGCAUCAAGAAUUAGCUUCAGUGUUGCAUCAAUUCUAGCAGACACAAAAGCGAACCAAGUCGAUGAGACGGCUGAAAUGAUCAGGCACCAUAGAACGAUACCUGAAUCGCCAUUACGGCAGUCACCUGAAGCACAACCGGAACUUCCCGGCGGUAAAUCUCCACGACCGACAUCUCAUACUCCACCUCUAAACUUAAACGUUGCUGCACCAGUUACGUCGUCUGAUGAAGAAUACGAAGAUUCGGUUAACCAAGAAGAUUCAAUAGUAGAUGUAGAAGAUUUACAGAAUGGUAUGCAGAGUGAUGAAGAUGAUAGAGCAUCUGAUAAGGAGAGAUUAGGACCUAUUAGACCGACACCUUUUAGUGCUUUGGCUGCGGCAGCGGCUGCGUAUCAUGGCUUAGGAUGGGGAGGACCUGCUUCAGUAGUUCCUUCAUUUGGACCUCUCUUUCAAUCACAUUUCCCCGUUGGACAUAUAACAGACGCAAAUGGCGAACCACCGAAACUGAAAUGCAACCUGAGAAAACACAAACCGAACCGAAAGCCUCGAACACCCUUCACUGCUCAACAGCUGAGAGCGUUGGAAAGCAAGUUUGUGGACAAACAGUACUUGAGCAUUGCGGAGAGAGCCGAGUUCUCAUCAUCAUUAGGUCUUUCUGAAACACAGGUGAAAAUCUGGUUCCAAAAUCGCCGCGCAAAAGCGAAGAGAGUCCAAGAGGCGGAGAUAGAGAAGCUCAAAAUGGCGCAAUUUUCCCGUCAUCCCCACCACAUGUACCCGCACCCUCUGCAGCAGUAUUUCCCUCACCCUCUUAUGGGGAGGGCCCUACCUAUGAUGCCACACAUAUCCAUGCCUCCAGUUCAAGGGUCGCCCUCACCAAGUACCCAGACAAGCAACCAGCAGUGAAAUAUUUAUUAAAUAAAAUUAUGUUUAUAUUUACCAAGACACAGACAAGAUUGUUUUUGACAGAAUUGACAGAUGGGUGACACUUCUGUCAAAAGUCACUUUUUGCAUGUACAUGUCAUGUCUGAACAUAAACAUUAAAAACGAAUGAAAUGAAAUAUGGAUGCAAUAAGUUAGGAUUCUUUUUACUUCACCAUAAUAAGAUUUUGUAGUAAUGUUCAAUAUUUCAUAUUAUAAAAUAAAGUAUUUUCAGUAUAAAAAUCAUUGAAUCAAGAAUACAUGACAUUUUUAUUCUAUGUUUUUUCCAACUGGGAAAGGAAUGGAGCAGUAAAGAAAUUUCAUUUCAUUUUUUUUUGGAUUUGUACAGUACAUAUAAAAUUAAUGGUUUUUCUACAAACUUAAUUGUUCUUACACAUAUAACACAUCUGUUAAGUUUAUCUUAAGGGUAUUCUCUAAAUUAAAAUUGGAAAAAUGUAUAUUUAAAAACCUUGUCUGAGUUAGAAAACACUACACACACUGAAUUAAUAAACCUAGAGCAUUUUUUUUGUAAAUACAGUUAAAGUUUAAUUGUAAAUAUAUAGUAUUAUUGAUAUUACUUACAUUUAUAAUGCUACAAUACCUUAAAAAAUCUUUCUUUCGUUACCAUUGGUACUUCGUAAAGCUUCUAAAAGCUCGAUUCACCAUUUGACAUUUCCGAGCAAUCUUUAAAAAAAAUUAGUUAAUUUAUUAUUUAGCCGCAGCUAAAUCUGUAAGCGUUUUUUAAAACAAAGGUGCAAACCGUAAGCAAGUUCAAAACUUUUAUUGGCAAUAAUACGUUUUAUUAUUAUUUUUUAUUUUUGUAUACAAAUAUUAUGGAAAUUAAAAUUUUUGGAAUAACAUAGUUCACAAUUACUAAAUAAGUAUUUAAGUUUUCCAGCUUGCCGUAAAGAUUAUUAUUUUGCCGUAUUUUCUUCAUUUCUCAUCAAAAUUAUAUUGAAUUGUUGAAGGUGUGAAUCUAGCCUAAGUUUCUAAGUUUAAUCUUUUGUUUAAUAAAGUUUAUCAAAUACAUGUAUAAUACAGAAUAUGAUUUAGAUAUCUUUAUGUUAAUAUUCAAGUCAACUAUAUUUGUAAAUAGUAAAAUAAUGUGUAAAUUAAAAUUUGUAUUUGUGUA